ACGAAAACAUGUCGACGGUAAUUUGUACCGCCAUCAUCAAACACCGUUAUCAGCAGUAUUCUUCGAAAGUAUUAAUUGAUAUAGUGUCUAUUUGAUUUUUGCUGUCCGCGUCGGCGCAAGCGGUUGGUUUGGACACAGUGGAAUUUUUUUACUUUUGCAAUCAUCUUCCUUGGUUUCUGCAACAUUUUUUUCCUCUUCUCGCUGUCAUCCACGCGGCGCCGAAUGAGUAUAGCGCUGCUGUUCGCGUGAAAGACGACGAAGUGCAAGGCCACGUUUUCGGCGAGUUUUUGUGUACGAGAGAGCUGUCCGGACGAAAGGCAUCCUACAAGGGGUCAUCACGGCGGACACUUCCUCCCGCAUCUUGUCGCGGUUUGGUGUUCGCAAGAAAGGCAGGCGGCCCGAGGAGAGAGGUGGUAGUGGGCCCCAGGUGCAGUCGCCACCAUGUGGCUGCUUCCAAGGCGGCGUGGCCUUGUGGUCAAGGUCCUGCUGGUUGUGCCAGUCACCUGGCUUGUCAUCACGCUCCUGCUGACCUACACGGACAGGGUCCAGACACCUCAAAGUAGGGUUGCGUUCGAACCGGGUGCCGUCCAGCAACAGCAGGGUCAGCAUUUACAGCAGCAACAGCAACAGCAACCACCACCGAAGCAACAGCAGGACCAGCAACACAGGCCUCAGGGUGACGAGUCUGCAAAAGAGGGCCAGGACCUCCUGCCUGAGAAACAAGGUGUUGGUGAAGAUGAGCAUGUAGCACCCCUGGCACGUAAGCGGGCCAACCGGGAAAAGGCACUCUCUAAGGAGGAGCAGAAAAAUGAAGUGGACCAUGCCCCAGCACCUGUGGGAGUGCUCGCCCCACCUCAGAAUCCUGAUGGCCCUGGCGAAAUGGGUAGGCCUGUUGUUCUGAAGGACCUGACCAAGGAACAAGAAGCGAAGGUCAAGUUGGGCUGGGACCGCAAUGCCUUCAACCAGUACAUCAGUGACAUGAUCUCUCUACAUCGGUCUCUGCCAGAUGUUCGAGACAGCGAAUGCAAGGACGAACGCUACCUUAAAAACCUUCCCUCGACAAGUGUGAUUGUAUGCUUCCACAACGAGGCCUGGAGUGUACUGCUGAGGACUGUGCACAGCAUCAUUGACCGGUCACCCCCCAAACUUUUACAUGAGGUCAUCCUGGUGGACGACUAUUCAGACAUGCCGCACCUGAAGCAGAAGCUGGAGGACUACGUUGCUCACUUCCCAAAAGUCAAAAUAGUGCGUGCUCAGAAGCGGGAAGGCCUCAUUCGGGCUCGGCUCCUGGGUGCUGCUGCAGCCACGGCUCCCGUGCUUACCUACUUGGACUCUCAUUGCGAGUGCACUGAAGGCUGGUUGGAGCCCCUGCUGGACAGGAUAGCUCGGAACUCUACCACUGUCGUCUGCCCUGUGAUUGAUGUAAUCAGUGACAGCACAUUCGAGUACCACUACAGGGACUCUGGAGGUGUGAACGUUGGUGGCUUUGACUGGAACCUGCAGUUUAGUUGGCAUGCUGUUCCUGAGCGAGAACGUCAGCGCAGGAACCACUCUUGGGAUCCUGUCUGGUCUCCUACCAUGGCUGGAGGUCUGUUCUCCAUAGAUAAAGCUUUCUUUGAGAAGUUAGGCACUUAUGACAGUGGCUUCGACAUCUGGGGUGGAGAAAAUCUGGAGCUGUCCUUCAAGACAUGGAUGUGUGGAGGAACACUGGAAAUUGUACCGUGCUCACACGUGGGCCACAUCUUCCGCAAGCGUAGCCCCUACAAGUGGCGCUCAGGUGUUAACGUACUGCGGCGCAACUCUGUGCGCUUGGCAGAAGUCUGGCUGGAUGAGUACAAACAGUACUACUACCAGCGUAUUGGUGAUGACCUGGGUGACUUUGGGGAUGUGAGUGCCAGGAAGCAGCUUAGGGACAAUCUCAAGUGCCGCUCGUUUGACUGGUACGUGCGCACCAUCUACCCGGAACUCUUUGUACCUGGAGAUGCAGUUGCCUCUGGAGAGGUUCGCAACAAAGGACAGGGUGGCAGCAGCUGCCUGGACAGUCCUUCGGGUCGGGACAACAUGCACAAGCCUGUUGGCAUGUACCCAUGCCAUGGACAGGGAGGCAACCAGUACUGGAUGCUCAGCAAGGAGGGCGAGAUCCGGAGAGAUGAGGCAUGUCUUGACUAUGCUGGGUCUGAUGUUAUCCUCUACCCAUGCCAUGGAUCCAAGGGUAACCAGCUUUGGAUCUACGAUGAUGCGAGUGGCACAGUUCAGCAUGGUAGCAGUCGGAAGUGCCUGGAGAUGUCUGAGGACCGUCAGAAAGUCAGCAUGGAGAUCUGCUCUGGGAGCCUCAGGCAGAGCUGGAUCUUCCAGAACUACAACAAGACCAAGGCCAUCAAGAUUCCCAGUCGGGGCCACUAGGUUGCUGUGAACAACCCAGCUGCUGCUGCAAGGGAUUUCUCACUUGACAGGACCUCAUAAUAUCAGUGCAUGAAGUGGAAGUCAAGACAAACAUAAGAAACAAAACAAAAAAGGGAAUGUGGACAAUUUAAAGGUGCGUGCUAGCAGUGGACUGACGGUGUCGUAAUUGUUGUGAGAGUGCAUCAGUUCAUCGGUCACAUCACCUCGGCCAGACCUCGGGAGGGUGCCCCGGCUGCCUUUCCAUUCAUCUGCCUCCUCAGCUCAGUUACUGCUGAAUUCAGGCCUUCAGUUUCAGUGGACUUCUGCUUUGAUGUUUGCUUUGUUGCUGGAUCUGCUGUCAUUUCGACGUCAUCACAAGGUUCCUGCCAAUGGAGGCAAAGGAAAAUUCUGGUGGCUACCAAGUUUAGAAGGAUGUCAUUUGGUAUGCCUCUAUCCUCUACGGUUGGCAGAUUGAGAGAAGAUUUUGCCGAGCACCCUUUACGAAGUGCCAAGAAUCAAAAAAUGCUGGAAGUUCGAGGUGCUUCCCAACUGAGUGGCUGCAAGUGUUCCGCCAACAGUGCCUCAUCUGUGAAUUCUUUCAUCCAUGUUUUGAUGAGUGCCGAGUGUUAUUUUUGCCGAGUGUUUCCUUUUUUUUUUUUUUAUUCAAUGGACUUUUUGUGUCAUUGUUGCUGCUGUUAUUGUUUGCACGGAUGCCCUUGCAAGCUGCAAAGACUGAAGCACAUUGUUAUUGGCAAGGCAUCCCGCAAAGACUCUGUAACAAAUUUACCACUACGUUGAAGGUGUAUUUUUGCAAAAAAAAAAAAAAAAACUAUGUACAGUGUGCUGCCAGCAGCAUUAGCUGUGCACUACAUGUGGCCCUCUGGUUUCAGCACACACACAAAUGAAAAGCACAUGUUUUUUUACCACGUGAGCCAUUUGCAAGUGUGCAUUAUAGCCUUGAGUAUUUUUCUUUAAAUCGCUGCACAUGAACUGCGUGCUUUUGGUCGUCGUCCCACUAAACAGGCCGGAAAACCUAGAGCGAGAGUUUAUUCCAUCAGGGUGUUUGGGGAGAGAACGUUUCUGUGGGUUUUUAUAUGUAGAUUUCUUGACGUUGUUCCUCUAGGAUUUUUUUUUCCCUUUCUUUUUGAAGGUGGUGUGGGUUCUGGGAAAUCGCUUUCUUCUACUCUUUAAAAUUGAAAUAUAGCAUCUGCCGUGUUGCAUGUGCUUUGGUUCUCUUCUGUUAAAAUUUGUAGCAUUCCAUCUUUUCUAGUCAGUUUAUGCAUUCCAGUUUUUUCUGUUUUCCUUUUUGGCCCUGCAUACAUCUGUGUACAAAGUGGUGACUGAAAUUUAAGGGAAAGGGCUUGCGUGUGUGUGCUUACCUUGCACUCAAACGUUUGAGAAUUGUGCCUUAUCAAAAGUAAUGUUUGCAACAAAUCAUUUUUUUUAAUGAAUAAAAUUCUGUUCAAACAUUCA